AUGGCGCAAAAUAAACCGUUUUUUAUAGAGAACUUUUCAUCGCGAGUAGAAAUUGCAAAUACUUGUUUGUCAGAUGGAGUGGAUUACACGGACAGGCACAUCACAAUUCAAAGUAGUCCAUUUCGCCACCUUCUCUUGCACAGCCUCCUUGAUGAGUCAUUCUUCAGCUCAGUUAAAAGCGAGCUUCUCCAGCUGCGAUUCCACCCCAAGGAAUGUGAUCUGUUCAAGUUAAAACAGACUCGGGACUUUGGAAAGUACCCCGAAGUUGACUGUUUAGACGAAGAAAGUGCAAGUUUGAAAAGGUUUUUGGAUCUUGUGAACAAUGAUCUUAAAUCCUGGAUCUGUUCUGUGUUCAACGUCAAGCUAAACGGCCUAGUGAGUGUGUCGGGGUCAAUCUACAACCAAACGGACUACUUGCUGUGCCACGAUGACAAACUGGAGGGCAGGAAGAUAGCAUUUAUUUUCUACCUCGUCGACGAAGAUUGGAGUGGUAACGAGGACGGUGGAUGUCUCAGACUGUUCUCUAGUGACCACAAUUUCGUUCCGUGUGGACUUCCCAGCAAGAUAAUAGCCCCUGUAUCUAAUACUUUCGUCAUGUUCGAAGUUGUUCCCGGUUCGUACCACGAUGUAAGUGAGGUGUUGACAAACCGCUCUCCCCGUCUGGCGAUCUCAGGCUGGUUCCACUCGUCUGAGCCGUCAGCGAGAGACGACCAUCUUCGAGCUCCCCUGCGUCUGGGCCACGACAUGCAGCUGUGCGAAGAUGACAUUGAUUUCUUCGUGAAUUGUAUCAACGAAUGCUACACUGACCAGACCGACAUUGACAGAAUUGUACAGAUUAGACAGGUGUUCGAAGACGAAAGUAUCCUAGAACUAGACAAGUUCUUCAGCAAUGAGUUCAUUCAGAAUUUGAUGAGAAGUGAAGCGGAUUUUAAAUUUCCAACAAGUCAGUGUCCCGUCUUCGAGAGAUUCAAGACUCUCUGCUCAGAUUCAGUUCUGUUUGCUUCUCUGAAGAGACUAGUCACUCAUGAGAUGAUGUUUGCUCUUUUGUGUCAGCUCACUGGAGUGGAGAUGCACCCGGAGUCGGCCUCUCUCCUCUCUUUCGAAGAAAGUCAACUCGGAAGUCACGCAUCUGCAGAAAAGAAAUACCGCUGUGAGUUUGAACUGAGAAAAGUUGAGAGGAGCUCCUAUUCAGUUUUGACUGAUGAUGCCGAAGUUAUGAACAAAAAUAGUAGCAAUGGAACGGAGACUGAAUUGCCAAACGGCGGAUCUUUUGAAAACUUGCAGGAGAGUCAACAAAAAGUAGUUAACCUCGAUUUUGGCUCUGGUUUAGACGAAGAAAUAGACGUGUUUUCUCUCCAUUUGCACGCUUUCUUUUUACCCAAAAACGGAGUCUGGGAUGAAGAUUGGGGUGGAUUUAUUGUGUACGUUGAUGAGGAAGGACAAGAGAUACAAAGAUUAACACCUAAACAUAACUGCCUCACUUUGGCGUAUGUUGACAGCAAGACUAAAUCGUUUCUGAAGUACUCGAACUGUUUGGGCGGAGAUAACUUUUACUACCAUUUGAUGUGCAGAUUUUAUGUUGAACGAUAAUUAAACCUUUCUUCGUGG